ACAGCAACAGAGUCAAGAAUGCUUUCUACAAAACAGCUCAAAUUUCUGUUCUAUGCCCAUGGUCCAAAGACUAUUUUUUUGUUAAUCUGGCUCGCUCUAAACAUAUUCUUGUUUGCAUACGAUUACUACCAGUACGACACGCUGACAAAGUAUACAUACCUAAGGAAGAUCAUUGGAGCAGGCUUGCCAUUUGCAAGAGGAUCUGCAGCAUGUCUUAACUUGAACUGCGCACUAAUCGUGUUGUGCGUCUGCAGAAACUUCCUCUCCCUUAUUCACAACAGUCCGUAUUGCCCAAGGGUCAUAAGAAGGCUGAUAAAUCACAAUCUGUCACUUCACAAAUUAUGUGCUUGGUCUAUUGUUCUUCAUACAGUAAUACACACUCUUGCACACACCUUUAAUGUGGAGUUUGCGAUCUCCUUCUUUUCCCUGGAGAGGAUAGUGCUCAAUGGCACCACUACUGACGAGCUAGCAAAGUCGUCUUUCGUGGAUAAGAAAGAUACGGUGUAUACCGUUCUGUUUGGAACAGUGGGUGGAUUGACGGGUGUGAUAAUAGACAUCUGUCUCUUUCUCAUGGUCACCUCAUCUAUAAAGAUAGUUCGAAGAUCUUUCUUUGAGGUGUUCUGGUUCACGCACCAUCUCUUUAUCGUCUUCUUCAUCUGCCUUCUUGUUCACGCUUCUGGUCAGAUGAUAAAAUCACUGCAAGGACCAGAGUGUAUGAUUGGGGAGGGCAAGGAGUGGUGUAAUUACCUCUGUGACACUUACGACAAAACAGUGUCUAGUCUUCCGGGGACCACCAUCUGUAAAGAUUUAGCUUUUAAGGGUCCUGGCUAUGUCAACUACUCCAAGUCGUAUUGGUGGGUCGGUGUGCCCCUGAUAAUAUACACUAUUGACCGGAUUGUACGGUGGUCAAGGCGGUUCAACCCGGCGGUUGUGUACAAGGCUAUUGAGCAUCCUGGACCUUGUCUGGAACUACGGAUGAGGAAGAAGGGCUGGAAACAGCAUGCUGGCCAGUACGUGUUCCUGCAAUGUAGUGAGUUGUCUAUAUUUGAGUGGCAUCCCUUCACCCUAACUUCAGCUCCUGAAGAGGACUAUCUCUCCGUGCAUAUCAGGAAAUCGGGUGACUGGACAGCUUCCCUACUGAAAGCUGUAGCCGGUCAUUCUAAAGACAAGACUACCAAAGAGGGAAAGAGAGCAGAGCUGAACUUUAAGAUAGCUGUUGAUGGACCUUAUGGGACACCAUCAGACGACAUAUUCAAGUACAAGACUACGGUUUUAAUUGGAGCUGGAGUCGGAGUAACACCGUAUGCAUCCAUAUUAAAAUCAGUGUGGUACAAGCUGAAGAGUGGUAACUUUGAUUUCGGGGUGAAGAAAAUCUACUUCUACUGGCUGUGUUCCGACGCUUCUGUAUUUGGCUGGUUCACCUCUGUUAUAUCCGAGGUGGUCACUGAGCUAAAAGAGCUGGAAUGUAGUCAGUAUCUGGAGGUACGACCUCAUCUGACUCGUUUCAAUAACGACAAGAAUAUGAUGGAGAACGUAGCAAUGAACAUGGACAAUGAGGAGGAUGCUAUCACCACCCUUCCCGGGGUAAAAACUCGUUUCGGGAGACCCAACUGGUUCAAGGACUUUGUAGAGAUUGGAGAGAAGAACCCCGCGACGGACAUAGGUGUUUUCUUCUGCGGACCAGCAAUUCUGUCAGAGACUCUGGAUAAAUCGUGCAGUCUAGCUAACGCUGAACUUGAGAACAAUCAAGCUGGGUCCAUGUUCUUCUACAACAAGGAGAAUUUCUAG